CUACCCCACCUGUUCCACUAGUCAAACCCCGCUCCACCCAUCUUCUUCCCUGCCCACGACCCCCACAACCCCACGAAUCCACGAUCCACCGCCCAGCCUCCAUCCCGCGCAGCGCCCCGCCAGCCUCCUCAUGCGCCGCGCUGAUGGGAUGGGCGGAGCCCCCGCCCUCCUCCACCUUCCUCCAAGGAGCCCCGCCCCACUACUUCACCACCGGCGCCACCUUCAUCACACCGGCCGCGCGGCGUCCUCCCCGACGCCGUCCUGCACCCACCGCGCCGCUCGGCCACCACCUACUAGAGUGCCGCCCACAACCACCUCUGCCCCACUGACACCGAUUCCUGCCCUGGCGCCGCUCGCCGCCCACAGCUUCCGGACACCGUGUUCCAGAGCUGCCAGCGCCGGGUGUGGACUCCCGCCGAUGGAUCCGAGCCGCCACGCCCUCGCCGCCCGAGCGCUGCCCCACCCCCAUCCGCCGCAUCUCCACCCUCCCCCCACCUUCUCCCCAUCUCCAAAUCGAGUAGCACCUCCACCUCCGGCAUCCCCUCCUCCUUCCGCCACCACCGCCACAUCACCGGCGCCCCGCUCCCGCACUGAGGCGGCGCAGGUGCCUCCACGGCGCGCCGCCCCGACCCACACUGCUGGAUCCGGUGACCCCGCCACGGACCCAUGGAUCCCGUGCCAGCAGGCCGGCCUUCUACUCCAGAUCCCGGCCAGCCCGCGGUCCUCUCCGGCGACCUCCACUCUGCACUCCACCUCGAAGGAGCGGGAGCCUGUGGCCCACGCUCGACCAGUGUUCCCCCGUCGACGACCCUGUGGCACCCCGGCGGCCAAGUGUUCACCUGCGCUCGCCGUGGAUGCCCCUCGGCCCCUGGUGCAUCUCUUCCCUCAUCUCUCAGGCCGUGUCCUGCAUUUCGAUUCGGUGUGCGUCGCUGUCCUCUGGCGGGCGCGCGUGCAGUGCACUUAGCGGCGAUGCUCUUGUUCUAGGAGCAUUGCUACACGUACGACAGAAUAUCUACGAUUUCUUUACGAAGUAGUAUGGCCACCAUUGAUCAAUGCUGGCUCAAGGUGAGUUCACGGUGGAUUACACUAUCGUACCAAAUCGGACCAGCUUUCAUCGUACGUGAGGCACUUCCGUUGUUCUAGUUCGCUCUUUUCACUUCUGAAAUAAAAUAUUGAGGUGCUCCUCGCCAAGCCCCAUCGCGCUUCGUGAAACAAAAAAUUGUGCGGCUCGGCGACCAUGGCAGUGCAGCUCGGAGGCACUCAUGAUGUGGUUCAGUGCUCGCGGGCUUGCACAAUUGGGCGUUUUUUGCGUGCGGAUGGAAAUUCAUCAUCACAGAGUGCAGCUGCAAUUUGGGCGAGCGUGCGUGUGAUCAUGGUGUGAAGAGGCGCGGCAAGUAGUUCACUUCCUUUUCUCUCUUUUCAAAAACAAAGUGUUGAGGCUCGUCUUGUGUGCAGGUCACUAUGCUCAUAUUGGCAUGUGUGUGAUAAUCAUCCCUCCGUGUAUCUGCAGUUCACUAUAUUCUCCAGCUAGCUCAACUACUACUCGUCAGCGUUGGCUGCCUCCUGUCGGCCAAAUGAAGGAGGAGCGGUUUACAGUCCACGCGUCGCCGGCGUGCAGUUCGUGUGUGCGUGGUCUAGCCCAACCACGGCAUGAUCCUCUCCAUUCUCACAGGCAUCGACUUGGCCAAUGACGGCGUGCAGUGCGGCCAACGACGACUUGCAAUACGGCCAAUGAUGGCGUGCAGUGUCGCCACCAGCAGCACCCCAGGCGUGGGGGCCGCGCCGGGACUCGCCGCGCCUUGCUCCUCCAGUCUGCUGGAGACGGGAAAGGAGCAGCUCCUCCGCCAACAUUCGCGGCCUCCAACCUCCUCUACCUUCGAACUGGCUGACCCCCCUUCUCCACCUGCUUCGUCUGCUUGCCGGUCAGCCGCCGGCGACGUAGCUCUGCCAUGGAUCCACGGUGGGGUAGCACGGCCAUGCAGUCCGGCAUGCACGUGUGUGCAGUACGGUUGUGGCGGCGAGGCAGCUAGUGUACGCCCACGGCACGGCGAUGGGGGUCGGGGCCAGAGAACCACCACAUCUCCCUUUGCAUGUCCCUCCCCUCGAGCCUCUUACUUUGCUACCAGCAAAACAUGCGUGAGAGAUCAAGUUGUAACCUCGUAGUGUGGCGGCAGGCGAGAUUCUAGUCGGCAUGGAGUACAGCUGGUGCCCACUUGAAGUUUUGGUGGAGGAAUAACAAAAUUGCAGGGUUACAUUGUAAUUUCACUUAUCAUUUGGAGGGUGAUCCUGCUAAAUUCCCACGGACCUAAUUGUAAAAAUAUCUUGAUUUCCGUAUAGUUCACCCCACUGGCCCGUGCAGUUCUUUGGUC